AGAUUUGAUGUUUACAGAAAAGUGCCAAAGGACUUAACAGAACCCACUUUAACAGGAGCAGUUAGUAAGUGGUGUUUUGUCUUAGAUGCAAAGAAAAUAGUGUGUCUUACAUGCAGCAAGUUUUAAGAUAAUUUUUCAAAGCAUCACAAGAAAUUUAAGGUGAUCAAAAAGGAGAGAAAGUUUUAAGUUUUAAAGUGUCAUCAGCUACAGCCAGGAGCAGCAGAGUGCUUACGUUUGUCUGAAUCUUACCUUGAAGUUCCUAGAAAGAAGGAAAAAUUAAGUUUAAGGUAGUUCCCUUGUUUUGUACUGUGCAUCACCUAGUGCGCAUACUAUUGCGACUUCAAAGGUGGCGGUGAUUUUCACUGGUUGCCUAAAAAGAGGUCAUUAUGGUUCCUUUUAACGAUUUUUAUAAUUCUACCUGGCUAAAAAGGUGUUUGUCUUGAAACUCGCCCCAGUCCCCUUGUGUAAAAUGAUCAUUUGAAACGGAAAUUGUCCCUUUGUUGUCGUUUUGCCAGGAAACAAGAUCUGUGACCCCCCUUUUUUAUUUGUGUUUCACACUCGCUAUGGCUACACAAAAUAAUAUAAUAAGGCGAAAAAAAUCUGGAUAGAAGAAGUUGUAUUUUUUAAGAAUGACUUGCAUUUUGGUAUUUAGAGCCUCAGAGAACUAACAGAUAAUGUUAAAACUUUCCAUUUCUUUUUACAACAUCAGGUGCUCUGAAGUAAUUAAAUUUAAAACAUACAUGUAUAUAUGUAGCCCAGACAAACAAGGAGGCUUAAGGUUUUAGUAAGAUUCGUAGUAGUUUUUGCUUUACAAUGAGAACUUUUGAUGGUUGUUUAAGUUUCGAACAUUUCGCCCGCAACUAGGAAAAAACACUACAACAACAGCAACAUUUAAUUUCAUUUUUAAAUUACCAAUAAUUAUUUCAAACAUUGACAACCCGCAGUUAGCAUAGCUAAUUGAGGCAGGUCGUCAGAAAUAAGAACAAAAAUUAACAUUCGCUUCUAGUAAUGUGACUGAAACUGAGGAAAAAUAAAUUAUAGAGACUUUGUAAUAUAACCGAUUUGUUUGAUGCGGAGAGUCUUUCUAGUGUUUCCUCAAAGUGAUCUUUUUGAAAGCAUUCUCAGUGGUGAAUUAUGCUGCCUAUAGAUAAUUCUGCAGAUUAUGUUGGGGGACCCAGAAAAUUGAAUCUUAAUCCAUAAUGCCUGGAAAGCUUUUUUGGAGGUUCUUUCUCUCAGCAUAUAAUUUAGAGAAUCUGUAGCAUACGUGCUAACACCUCCAGCAGCUAGAGGUAUCGGAACUUAUUCAAAUGAGUAACCUGGUAUAGAAGGAUUAAAAUCUAACCCCUUUUCUUCUGUAAUUUUUGUUUCAGAAAUACAAAUAACACUGAAACCAUAUUUCAAUUCAUCCAGCAAAUGUAUUUGCAGAUUUUCUAGGUUGCUUCUUUAACUCCUAACAUUGUUAUGAAACAUAGAAAAGUUAGAUUUGUUUGGCGAAGAUAGUUGUUUGUUCAAAAUACUGAAGCUAUGCGGAGAGUAAUAAUGGCUUUGGAUACGUUGAUUAAAGAGAUUGGAGUCAGGAUUUAUGGCUGCUUGGACAUUUAAAGUAAAUAAAUCUAAAUCAUGAAUACUUGAAAGCUUCUCAAGAUAUUUUUUCGUAGGUAACGCAUCAGAUAACAAGUUAUUGAAUUGUCCAUGGCAAUUUAGGAUAUUUACACCAUGAUUUGGCAACUCUUUAAGGAUAGAUUUUACAGUUUUAUGAGUCAUUCAGUGACACACUGCACUGGUCACAGUUUUGUUUGACACUAUAAUAAUAAUAAUUAUUAUAUAUUAUACACACGUGAACUUGUACAGUGUACACUAUUCUGAGUCACUUGAGUGCAAAGUUAGUUGUUGACCAGCUUUUCGGACAAAAUAUGUUGCAUUACUCCUGAAAGAGCCUCAGAUUCAUGUUCAAUUUAUACCUUUGUUUGUAUCUCGGCAGUCUCCAUUUGCAGUGCCCUAUUUAUAGUGUUCUUAUUGCUGUCAGAGUUCUACAGCUUUAUAAGCACAGAACUGUAAGUAAUUUGCUUUAUGUUUCUUAGUGCUAAGAAACUACAUGUAUGUGGUGGAUUGGAUUUCACAAAUGUCCCAAUUGGGCAUAGUUUGAAGCUUGGAACUGCAAUACCUAAGUGAUACAAUAAUGUAAUGUCCAGGUGCUAUUAUAUUUUAACUAUUUUAAUUCAUUAAAAUCUCUUUGGUCAAGGUAAUAUUAUCUCACUGGGAAUUAGCAAAGAAAUCUUCAUGAUUGUGCAUUUAAACACAGAAAUGGUUACAUACUGUACUCAUACAGCUGUACAUGUACGUGUAUUUAUGGGUACAUAAACUAAUAUGAAUUAUUUUCCUUUAGUUGGGUACAGAAAGAGAGAUGUCCGAACAAGAAGAAAAUAACAGUGAAAAUCACAAUCACUCGACAAACACCUAUUAGGUUGACUUUUACUGUCUAAUCUACACUUUGAAUUAUAUUGUAAGCCAAGAAUGAAGUGUGAACGUAAGUACACUGUAGAAAAAAUAUUUACUGGAUUCAGUAAUCCCAUGCCCUUAUUGAACAUAGUAUGUACAUGUAAUAACAUUAAAGAGCAUAGUCAAAAAACCCCUUGCAAGUAAAGGUGGAGUGACAGUCUGGGUGUCAAUCCAAAAUGCCCACUCAUAUAGUCUUAGGGGCCAUUUACACGUGUGUGGUCAGAACUGGUGAGCACACCAAUUUGUGGGUGGGAAAAGUCAUGAUUUCAGCCUAAUAUGUUGCAGCCAUGUCCUUGCGAAUUUGAUGUAGACCAAAUUAAGGGAAACUUUUCUGUGAUUUACUCAUUAAAAUACCAAUUUAAUUUUUUUAGAAGCCAGGUCCAUAAUGCUUAUGCUCCUACUGACUGUCCAGCCAAGGCACACAUCUUGUUGGAAAACAAUAAAACCAAUGUACAUUUACUUAAACAUAAAUGAGCCUCUACUGCUUUAAAAAAUAGCCCAUUGACAAGAUAUUCUUGUGUCAUUUUACAGAUCUUGGUCUGGAUAUCCAGGAUGAAAUGGGAAGGUAAUGGAGUCUAUUUUGGUCUUGUGCAAAAACUACGUCCUUUUGUCCUAAUUUUUUUUGUAACAUACAUGUAGCUUUUGAUCUGUGCAGAAAAAUGCACAUGAACCUUUAAUUGUCAUUGUCAUUUAAUUAAAGAUACAUGUAAGCAAUAGGUAGCAGUUUCUGUCUCUUGUCAUAGCUUUAUACAUUAGUUAUCAUUUUGGUCCUAUAAAUGAAAGUUUUGUUUCUUCCACUAGGCAUGAAGUGGGUUUUCAGGAAAACACACACAGAGAAGAAAUAAACCAUGGAGGUUUAAAAACAUUAUUUUUAAUAUUUUUUGUGACCGUUUUAAAUGCUUGUGUGAACUAGUACAAGUAUGUGGUUGUUUUUGUUCUUUAUGGGGUACACUGUAUUAUUAAUGUCGUCUUGUUUUGCUCUGAUUGCAGAGGGAUGUAGGUUCUCUGGCUUGUUUAACAUAAACAAAGUAUGCAAACCUUAUACUUUAUUAUGAGUCAAUUUGGUUAAAUAUUGAGCAUUGUAUAGAGGAUUGUAACUACACUGUAAAAUCUACUGAAUUCAAGUCCUUGUAUUAAUGUGCUAACAGUACACAUUUCAGUCAGUGGGCUUUUUCAUCCCUUUGGGAAGCUACACUUUAAUACUCAUGUUUGUUAAUUUGAGAUUGUUCUUUAAACAUUGCCGAAAAAUAUUUUGUUUUUACAGUUGACAUUUUCAAUACCAGACAGCCAAUUUUCAAACCUUACAAAGUCACUCUUUUGAGGCCCCCCUCCAAUUCUCGAGACUCGAGACUCCAUCCUCGAAAGUUUCGAGAAUCGAGUCUCGAGUCUCGGGGAUUGAGAUGCCAGAGACUGUCGACUUACUUUUGAGCGGUACUGUAGGAUGCCUGAACAGAAGUCUGGAGUGCAGUUUUUAUUUGUUAAUGGUACUUGCAUGUAUGUAAUUUUUUCUAGGUACCUGGAAAUUUUCAUGUUUCUACUCAUGGUGCAGGCCAACAGGUGCAGUAUUCAUUAAUAAGAAUUUAAUUCUUACAACAUAAAGUGAGAAUGAGCUACAGUGUAUAGUGGUUUUUAUGUGAAAUGAGGCAAGUGGCUUACAUGUACAUGAAAAUGAGGCAAAUUUGUGGCAGAUAGAAAAUGGCCAACAUUCAUCCUUUUUAACCUAAUCAAAAAACAUAUACACAAGUAGGAAACAGUCUGUCAACUGCAGCCUUUACAGUGGUUACCAAUAGCAUGCGCCCUCAAAAAGUUUUCUCUCAGAUGAAACUUGAGAUUGCUUGUCCAAACAUCAAUCGUUUCCAUGGUUUUUUCAUUUGUUUCAUCUGUUUGGUACAGUGUAGAAAUGCUUUUCUGAUAUUUAUCCACAGCCAGAUAACCCAGACAUGGCACAUAUAAUUAACUCUAUCAACUUUGGAACAGAAAUUAAGGUACUGUAAGUUGUAAAUCAUAUUGCACUUGUUUUUUUUUGACCCAAGAUCAUCAUGACUUCAGCUGUCUUUGGAGGAGUAACUCUGCUCAGCUCACUAAUCGGAAAAAAGAUUACUCUUUUAGAAAAAAACUUCUUGGCUUGUAUGUUUUAUUUUUCCAGUAAAGGUCUCAGGGGAAUUGUGCAUUUGAAUAGUACGAACUUUUAACGAAACAGUUCUCUAGAGUACUAUCACCUACACUGACCUACAUUGGAAAAACAAAACAUACAAGUUAAUGAGGUCUUUGAUUAAGUGUUUUGAAACUGCUCUUGUUGCCACAGAAGGAUUGCUUAGAACAUUCUUCACCCCCUGGUUAGUCAAACGUUGGAUAGCACUUUGAAACGGAUAAAUCACUCUCCAGUGGGUAAGGGAAACCAAGUGAAUCCACUGAAUAGAGAUUUAUCCAGUGGAUAGCUUUAUUCACUUUUGAAGAAUUUGGCACUGGCACACUAAUAACUAUAAAGCACCCUAAUGACCAGGUCUUUACCUCCCCCUGUAUUCAGAUUUUCUUCUUAUGAAUUUUCCUAGAAAACAUAUGUAACUCCUAGGAAGGAUGAUCAUUUUUACCUGGCCAAAACAGUUUCAGUUUCGUCCUGUGUUGUGUUUCUAUGUUUAGCUGCAUGGAAAUUAAGAUUUUUUUUUCUACUUUAUAGGAGAAAAUACCGGGUGCAUUUGUGGCAUUAAAAGGGCAGAACAGAGAGCACGUAAAUAGUAAGUACAAAGUCAUGAUAUUUUAAUAUAAUUAUAUUAAAUCAAUGUAUCCUUUGGUUGCAGUUUCUAUAAAUUUUUUUUUUCCAGAUCGUCCUCUUACCUUCUGUUAAGAUUUGAAUCCACCACUAUUAAAAUUAAUUCCGUCAAAUUUCGAAAACAAGCCCCUCCAUGUAUAAGCCCUCCAAAUAUAAGCCCUCCAAACCGGUAACGCAAAAAACCCUCCGUUAAAUCGCCCCUCCAAAUAUAAGCCCCCUGAAGGCCUUGUACUUGGAAAAUUGCCCUCAAAUACAAAGUCAAGCAAAGCAAAAACGGUAAAUUAAUUUACUUCCAACUAUAAGGCUAGCCCAAUGGAUUUUGAAACGCAAAUUUCCGUCCGUAGAUAAGCCCCUCCGAAUAUAAGCCCCUGAAAAAGGGUCUUUGAAAAAUAUAAGCCCCGGGGCUUAUUUUCGGAAUUUUACAGUAUAGCAGUACAUGUUCAGGGGGACUGUAUAUUAAAGUUAGCCUGAAGGGGCAUAGUGGGAACCAGAUUCUAAUUUUUCUCAUAAUAUUAGAAUUGAAUCUCAACAAUAACACAAACCGGAUUCAUGUAACAUCCAUGUGCAUUUUCAAAUAAGGUAAAUAUUUUCUGUUUUAGGUUUGUCCUCACAUGAUUAUGUAUUGAAGAUUGUUCCUACAAUCUAUGAGAAGUUGGAUGGAAGCAAAACAUUCACCUACCAGUAUACCUGGGCUUACAAGGUUGGCACGCCAAUUAACUGCAAGUACAGAUAACAAGUGCUACUACAAUCAUGUGUAGUUCCAAAAUACAUACUUUAUGUACACUGUAUGUUGAGUCUUGUUCUUCGAGCCAGUUUGCUUUGAGCUAUAACAGAUGCGAGAAAAUAGAUGUGAACUAAAAUGUAGUGCUAAUGCUAAUGUAAACUUUGUACCACAAUGAAAACUACUAGUUUUCCAGUAAUUGUGUCAUCCAUAGAGGAUAUUACAUGGCCGUGCAGAGAUACGAAAUUUCUCUUCGAGUGUUGAAAAAUAUUUCACGAGUGAGAGCAGCGAACGAGCGAAAUAUUUUUUCAACACGAGAAGAGAAAUUUCGUAUCUCCAAGCGGCCAUGUAAUUUUCUAUUUAUUAUAUAAACACCAAUGAACUACCAAGCCAUUUCACUUUAAUAUUUUUGUGGUGUGAAAGGCGCAAUUUAUUAUGUAGUCAUAGCAACGGUGAUAUUUUGACAUGUGAAGAUAACAUGUUAUUUUCACAUGUGAAGAUAUCAAGUUUUCGCGCGAAAGCUCACCUGGUAUUUCAUUGGUGUUUAUAUAAUAGAAUGAAGUCUUAACUUACUUGCUAAUAAUACAGUGUGGCCGAAAAAACGGUCAUUUCUUGGUAGGAUCGCAAAAGUUUCAGAAUGCAAAGGAUUCCAACUUACAUGUAACAAUACCCAUACUACGACACACAGUACACGUAGGUAACAAACACCGCACCCCCCCCCCUCUCUACCAAACAUUUUUUUGCCAGAUUGGCCAUGAUAAUUCGUUUUGUUCACUCUAUGCACUCAACAAUAAACGUGGAAAUUACAUGUAGGUAACUAAAUAUAGAAAUUUAGCCGUUAUACUUGAGCCUUAAAGGCCACAGUGUAGAUGAUCUCCUUACCUGCUAUGUUAUUGCCCAUCUGUAGGAUUACGUUGCUUACGGACAUGGAGGACGGAUUUUACCGGGUAAAGUAUCAAUAGUGUGCUUUCAAGAUUGCAGUAGCAGGGCUGUCAUGAGGUUUUAAGAAGCAGGUCUCCCAGGGAAAGUAGCCGGUUAUUUCUCCUUCAAAUUCUCCUGUAUUUCUUGUUUUGUUAUGCGUAACUCAUUUUAAAACUUAGAGUAGCCGGCUGAUUUAUUACAGUAGCAGGCCACUAAUGACAGCCCUGAGUGUACCGAGCUACCCAAAAUUGUCACAGUUUGUAACUUGACCCUCACAUCAGACAUCAGCCAAACAGCCAAAAAGUUUAUUUUUAUUUUAUUGUUCAGUAGAUGUGCAUGUAUUUAGCAGUACUGCAGUAUUAGAAAUACGUGUAUCGCAGAACCUCGCUAGGCUCAGCGGAGGAGGCCUAUAAAAUAUCAGGGAUGGGAGGGCGGGACAAAAUGCUUUCUUAUUCAUACUAAAGCAUGCCGUAUAUGUUCUUGUUUUAGCCAUUUGGUUUCGGUAUGAUUUAAGCCCCAUAACAGUAAAGUAUGUGGAGAGACGCAAGCCUCUUUAUCACUUCAUAACCACGGUAUGGUCUAACAAUUUAUUCACUGUCAUUCUUACGAAAGAUUUGCAUCAGUUAUUUUAGCAGGCUUAUCAUAAGAAUUAGAUUCAGAAGUUGCUCUUGGAGACUUUUUUUCCGGAUCAUAUUUACUGUAAAAAUCAUCUCUGAAUGUUUGCAAUCGACCAAGUUACAUAUAUGUUACCUGUCUUUUUGCUUCUUUCAGGUGUGCGCAAUCGUUGGAGGAACAUUUACUGUGGCUGGAAUAAUCGACUCCAUUAUAUUCACGGCUAGUGAACUAUUUAAAAAAGCUCAACUUGGAAAGUUAAGCUAG